AUGUUCCCAAACCUUCGUCACGCCACCAACUACACCCCAGCUGUCUCCAACGCAAGUCCGUUGUUGAACUACAACGUUCUUUUGUUGAUCUGCAAGCGGCCUCAACAACUUAUCGCCUCCAAUCCACGUUCCCAAGGCUCGACACGACGUAUCGACGUCUGCCAAACUCCCUUGGGAUGUCGUUGA